GAGGGGUUCUCUUGGAUAGGGGUAUGAGGGGUUUUGGUGUUUUGGUUAAGGGGAAGUGAUUGGUGGUGAUGGGGGUGUCUGGCGACGCCAGAAUCAAGCGGUUGGGCGUGCACUCAUGGGAAAGGCAAAAUUGCGCGGUGAAGAAGAAAAAAAAUGGAGAAAUGCAAGAGGGAGAUGGAUAGUCACGGCUAGAUCUGGGCUUCAUUACCAGAAAGGACCGAAAAAUGGUCAGCGGCAACACUGACAAAGAUGAGAGAAAGCAGAAGAUGAAAAGGUGAAGGUGAAGGUGAAGGUGGAGGUGGAGAGAAAUUUGAGGUUUAAGGUUUUUUAGGGUUAUUUUGUCCUUUUAAUUUUAAAAUAGAGUAAAGACUAUUUUACCCUUUUAUUAUUAAAAUAAAGAAAACAAAGUUGGUUUAAAGUUGAAAAUCUGGAAUAAACUGGAGGCAUCCGCUUAGCAUUACGCCAAACCGGGUGGAAACAUGUCGUUUACUCUUUAUUUAUAAAAGUUCAUUAUUUUAUCAUAUAGAAUAGAUGAUAAUGUACAUUAUAAAAACUAUCUUACACAUAUGUAGUUGAAUUUGAGAGCAUUUUAACGAAGUUGAAAUCUUUGAUGUCAACCCUCCGUGGCUUCCCUAAAACUUGUAAAAUCAUCCCUGCAAAUGCCCGUUUAUUCUUUUCCACCAAACCCAGUAGUUCUUCAUUUGGAAUUACUCCAAAAUUUUCACUUUCUAACCACAAAUCCCAGUACAGAAAGCAAGUUUUCCUUGCAAAUCUCCUUCAAAGGUAUGGUUUUUCUCCCUCUCAGCUCCACGGUUUCAUUUCCAAGAAUAAGUUUUUAUUGAAUUCUAAUUUAAAUGACAUUGAAAAGUCUUUAAGUGUUCUCUUGUCAUUAAAGGUUCCUCAGAAGUCUAUUGUUUCAUUGAUAAAUGACUGUCCCGGGGUUUUGGAUGUUCAGUUCUUGAAGAAAUGGGAAUUGGGUGUUUCAAAGUUUGGGGAUUUGAGUGUUUCUCCAUUGGUGGUUAGGAAUUUUUUGGAACUUUCGAGAAGGUUCCAGAUAAACCCAGAUGGAGUUUUUGAAAAUGUGAAGGUUUUGAAGGGUUUAGGGUUUAGUGAAGGAGCUGUGAAUAGGGUUUUAGAGGGGUUUCCUAGAGUGAUUUUGAUGAAUGAAAGUCAAAUUUGUAGGAGAAUUGAAUUUUUGGAGGGGAUUGGAAUUGCUAGGGAAGCGAUUGAACGAGUUUUUUAUUUGUUUCCAGGGCUUUUGGGAUUUGGAGUGGAAGAUAGGCUAAAACCAUUGCUUGAUGAAUUUUGGGAAUGGGGUUUUAGCGAAGAUAUGAUUAGGAAAGAGGUUGUUAGAGAGCCAAGAAUACUAAGCAUGGAGUUAGGGGAAUUUUCGCGGUGUUUAGAGUUGUUAAGGACUUUGCAAUGCCGGGAACCAAUAAAAGAGAAAAUUUUCAGUGAGGGAGCUUUUAGAGCUGGGUUUGAAGUGAAACUGAGAGUUGAUUGUUUAUGCAAACAUGGGCUGAUCCAUAGAGAGGCCUUUAAGGUUUUGUGGAAAGAGCCGAGAGUGAUUUUAUAUGAGAUAGCAGACAUAGAGAAAAAGAUUGAAUUCUUGGUGCAUAGGAUGAAAUAUAACGUUGGAUGCCUGGCUGAUGUGCCAGAGUUUUUAGGUGUAAAUUUUGAAAAACAAAUCAUUCCUCGCUACAAUGUGAUCGAGUAUUUGAGGGGAAAAGGUGGGCUUGCUUCUGAACUGGGAUUGAGAGGUUUGAUAAAACCAAGUAGGCUUAGAUUCUAUAAUCUAUACGUAAAGCCUUAUCCGGAGUGUGAAAAAUUGUUUGGAAGAUUUUCGGGAGGUGAAGAUAAGUGCAGACAUCCGGUAGGACUAUGGAAGCUUUUUAAACCACCAAGUUAUCCACAGUCAAAAGAAGAUGUGAAAAACAUGAAAUCUUAUGUGGAAUUGCUGGCUUAGAGAGGAGGAGCUUAUUGAUUAAACAAUCGUUCUUCAUUAUCCAACAAGUUCUCAUUUUUCAAAUCGGAUUUAAGAAAUGGGAUCCUUUUUGUGUGGGUUCCACUUUGAAUGAACUGUUUCUAAGUUCUCUAUUGACUACUUCUGUAUCCUGACAUGAUAUCGAGAGUUUGAUACACUGACCAAAUGCCUUAGUGGUGCACAUCUGCAACCUGCUUUGGUUAUCAUGUAUGUUCUUCCUAGUUCAAGGUAUAUUUGUAUAACCUAUUUGAAUGUUUUCCAUACUGCACUCUGUGACUGUUGCUUGAGUGGAUCUAUUUGAAUGUUUUCCAUACUGCACUCUGUGACUGUUGCUUGAGUGGAUUAAUGUUGAUUCCUUAUAGUUUUUGUGGUCAUGUGUGCCUAACUGUUGUUAUUUCCAUGUGUAUAAUUUUUUAUUUGGUAGAGUGCCAUAUACUUAAAAAUAAUGUUUUGCUAUAGUAACAUAAGAGGCAGUUAUUGAAACUUGCUACUAUAUACUUUCCCUCUUCUCAAGAUUCAGGAUGGAACGAACAUUUUAUCUUUUCCCCAAUGAGAAUUUUGACUUGAUAUUAAUUUAUAUACAAUGUUUCCAUCCGUUCUCCAAUGUGCUAAA